ACCCCGAGCCGGGAGCGGAGCGGAGCUGCGCUCCGUCCUCUCGGUGCCGCCGUCGCUCCGGGUAUGGGUGCGGAGCGGGGCGGCGGAGCGGCGCUGCCCCGCGGCUCUGAGCGCGCGUGGGGGCGGCCCCCGGGGGGCUCCCGGCCCAUGGCCUUCAUGAUGAUAAAGAAGAAGAAGUUCAAGUUCCGCGUGGAGCUGGAGCUGGACGAGCUCUCCUCCGUGCCGUUCGUUAACGGCAUCCUCUUCUGCAAGGUGCGGCUGCUGGACGGCGGCAGCUUCAGCGGGGAGUCCUCCCGGGAGGUGGUGCAGGCAAACUGUGUCCGCUGGAAGAAAAAAUUCAUAUUUAUGUGUAAAAUCAGUGCCAGUGCCACAACAGGGAUUCUGGAUACUUGUAUCUGCAGAGUGUCUGUGCGGAAGGAGUUAAAAGGAGGAAAGGCAUAUGCAAAGCUGGGCUUUGCAGAUUUAAACCUAGCAGAGUUUGCUGGAUCAGGAAAUACCACUCGUCGCUGUUUAUUAGAAGGUUAUGAUACCAAAAAUACAAGACAAGAUAACUCCAUUCUCAAAGUGUUGAUCAACAUGCAGCUAAUGUCUGGAGACCCAUGUUUUAAAAUGCCUCCUUCCACAGCAACGUCUAUAGCAAUUGCAGGAGAAUCAGAAUCUCUGCAUGAAGAUAGAAAAGGCAGAGAAGACUUAAAAGUAGUACAUCUAGGUGUAGCAGAUGUAUCAUCAAAGAGUGCCUCAGUUCCUGACGUAAUUGGUGCAUGUGGACAUUCCAGAACAUCAAGCUGUGCAAGUCAGCAGUCAAAACUGUCAGCAGGAUACAGCACAUGUCACUCUAGAUCAGCCAGUCUGUCUGAACUCUGUCACAGGAGAAACACCUCAGUGGGUAGCACCUCAACAGGAAUUGGAAGUAUUCUAGAACCCUGUAAAGAGACUGAGCCAAAAGUAACUAACACUGAUACAUCUACUAAAGAUACAUCAUCAGAAAAACUAUGCAGACAUCCUGUAAAGCAAGACUCUGUGGAAUCACAGUUGAAGAGGGUUGAUGCUACCAGAGUUGAUGCUGACGAUAUAGUUGAAAAAAUACUCCAGAGUCAAGACUUCAGUUUAGACUCAAGUGCAGAAGAAGGUUUAAGAUUAUUUGUGGGUCCUGGUGGAAGCACUUCUUUUGGAAGUCAUCAUCUACCUAACAGAGUAGGAUCUGGAGCAUAUGAACAGGUGGUGAUAAAACGCUAGGCUAGAAUGACUUGACCAGAAGAGGAAAACACAGAACUCUAGCACCAACAUUCUAAUUCACGUUUCUU